AUGGAACCGCCGGGCGACCGAACCGAGGAUGUAAAUAAAGGUGAAGAGCAGGCGGAGGACAAGGCCUCAGAGCGGACCCCGGCCACCAGUAUGACCGUCACCCCGCGGAGGGGGCUCAGAGAGCGGGGAGCGGGCCGUCCGAGGUCCGUGACUGACAUUAACGGAGCAGCGUCCAGUCCGCAGAUCUCCGGACGGGUGUUAAGAGACAGGUCAACAAGGGCAGUACCGGCGUGGCUGAAGGACACCAAGAGCGACGACGACGAAGAAGAACCGAGCCCGGACACCGGUGCGACCAAGCGGAGGAAAGUUUCUCAGUCCAAACGCAAAAGAAACUCUGAGGCAGCGAGUUCGGCAGAGUCUGGAAAGGGGGUCACAGGUGAAAGCCUUCAAGGCACAGAGUAAGUUUUUCGUUUAACAACCCUAACUCAUUGACUGGUUUCACUCAGUCUCCUCUGGGCUAUUUUCUUGUGUGUUUAUAUCGGUGUGGUGAGUUCCUGUCAAAAGCACGCCUCCAGCAUGGCUCUUCCCCUUUCUGAAGCUCUGAAUGAGGAGGGUGGAGAAACACUCACCUGGCUUUACAAAUGCUCAGUUUCAAGCUCCUGUGAGGAGUUCUCAUACAGUUAUGUUUAAGACUGAAAUUGGCACUGAUGCCUGUAUGACCUACAAAAGCAAAAGAGACCAUCUGUGAGAAGAUGCCAGUAAACACUACCACAGGGUAGGUGUCAGACUAUAUUAACAUCACCCUGUUUCAAACACAGCUCUAUUUUACAUUUAUCACUGCAAAGAUCCCCAAUGUUUGACAUGGUUGAAAGAUACAAAUAGAAGUCUUAUCCACAGAAGACAGCAAACCCCACACAAACUGAAUGUUGCUCACAGUAGCUUUAAUGCAAGAACUUUAAAAUAUGAUUGCCUAGGAGACUUGGGGAAGUGUGCUAUCUUUCUUUUUAAGUAGAAAACAUCUCAGAUCUCAUGGUCGUAUUUUCCCCCUUCUCCUUAGGAGCUCAGAGGACCGAAAGACACUUGCCUCAGAUGCCCAAGGUAAUGAGAUAAUAUGAGAUACUUGUUUGAUGAAACAGUCUUCUCCAUGUCUGCAUAGGGCUGGGCGAUAAAAUGAUAACGAUAUAUAUAUCGAAAAUAAUUAAAAUAAUUUAAUAAAAAAAUUUCCCUCAAUAUCAAUAUAAAACAUGGUCAAUAAACUUUUAGAUAGUCAGCAUUCUGCCAUGUUUUGGUAGAUUAUACAAAUGGCCAAUGAAAAGGGGAGUUGCUCCAGGUUGCGCUGCGCCGAACCAAUCAUGUGCUGAAUUACAACCAAGCAGGCUGCAGCUACAUGCAACCACAGCAUGUUAACACAUGAAGCUGACAGCACUGUCAUUGAGAAAAAUGAAAUACGUGCUACCCCCGGCAGAAAUGCAGAUAAAGGCUCAAUAGAUGAUGUUAUCGUUGACAAAACUGGCACGAAAACGUUGGUGGUGUGGAGGUAUUUUGUUUUUUUGAGGACGGACAUGAAGCAGAGUAAUGUGCACUGCAAAUUAUGUCGAGUACAUGUUCUCGCAAAGUCGUGAGUACCUCAAAUCUUUUUCACCACCUGCAGCAGUGUACGCGCGAUGCAAAAGGUUACAAACCCCGAGCAGAGCAAGGAGCCCAUGGCACCUGAGCAGCCGAAACAGCCGACCAUUCUGUUUUCUUUAGUGCAACGCUGUAGGACAAAAUGUUGAAGAGACACAAAGACCUCACAGAUGCAAUAGCUUAUUCUACUGCAAAAGACAUGCUACCAAUAAGCACUGUUAAAUUUCAUUUUUUUAUAUGUGAUAUACAUGGAUAUCGACUGAUAUGAAAAAAGUAUAUCGUGAUGCACUUUUUCCCAUACCGCCCAGCCCUAAUCUAGGUUGAUGUCAAGUAUUUUUCAAGAGUAGUUAGUGUUAAUCUCAGAGCUGGCUUGUGUCUGCACGUGGCUAUUAUGCACACAUAUGUCAGGGCACAUGGUAUGUUUGAUACCGUGCUUCUGCUCCCUCACUCCAGCUCUUCCAUCCAAACGCCCCCCAGCCCAGACUCGUGCCAAGCCCUCGUCUGGCAGAGCUGCCCGCAGCUUUGCCAAGCCUGUGUGUAAGACUGAACCUGGAAUGGAGAAUCCAGCUGGUGAGCAACCUGUUGACAAUGUCUGACAAUGGUUCAGCAUGUGUGGGCCUAUAAUUCACAAAUUCAAAGGUGGAACAUGCAGAAGCACAUGAGCCUCUUGCUCACUUCUGUUCACCAGGAAAAUGACGAAAUCUGUAGGAAACCUGUGUCGUACCUUAAUGGUUGACAUGAGGUUGUUAUGGUUACGUAUCGUUUGUGUAAUGAGAGAGUAUUUAAUUCUUUUGUACAGAAAUAUUCAAUAAAAUGUUUUAGAGUUAAAUGGAUCAAUUAUGUGCAAUUUUUUUCUCUGUUUACUCCAUAUAUGAUUCCUACAGGCUCAGAGUGCUUUUGUUGCCUUUCUUGAACUCAUCACACCUUUCUCCUGUUUGUUCUACAGCACUGGAAGAAGAGGAACACACUAAAGAAAAACCUGAAAUGUAAGUAUUUUUGGCAUGGUAUGAACAUUCAAAGCUUUAAGGGUGUCACUCAGAGUGAAAGUUUAUGUCCUGACCUUAUUUAAACUUCCAACAUCUCACAAAUUCUUUGAGUUUUCUAGUCAUGUAAUUUUUUUUUCAGUUUAAUUAAAUGGUAAAGUUAGAGGAGAAAACAGAUGUACUUGUGUAAAACUUGUUUUAAAGCAUACCUGUUUGUUUCGAUGUGUGACUAACAGCUUGAUGAUGUGUUUUCUUGACCACUCGUCUUGUCACAGUAAAAAGAAAGAGAAGGAGAUUGAGGAUGUAGUUGAGCCAGUCUUGGAGGAUGAAGACCGUCCAUUCCAGGAUGAUCCGAGCCACCAGCCGCAGAGUCAGAGGUACAAUUUAUGUCAAGAACAUAAACUACACACCAGGCGGAAAAUCCUGUUUUAAGUGAUAUGUUGUUUUUCCUUUAGUGGUGCAGAGGAAGAGGAAGAGGGCUUCAGCAGUGAUGAAGAUCUUCCUUUUAGAGAUGACCUAAAUGACCAGAGCUAUGACCCGAAAGCUGAAAGGUAUGUGUGUGUGUCUGUAACUGGCAUAGUUACAGGUAUGAACCAUAAAGUGAAAGUUGUUACACAAUUUCUUUCUUCUUGUUUUUGUUUCAGAGAUGUACCCAAACCAAAGCGCAGAGCUCCUCCAAGACAAAAGGAGAAAAAAGAGAAAGAAAAGGCCCCCAAAAAGGAGAGAGAAGUCGCUGAGAUAAAGAUUGAAGGUGCAGACAUCGUUGAGAAAGUAGAAGAGGAAGUAAAACUAGAAGAAGAAACAGUGGAGGACCCGGAUGGACCUAGAAAGUAAGUACAGCACCAACCAGUGUCUAUCAAGAGCCCCUUUUACAUGUAAACUCCAGAUGUUUUCUUAAUAUUUGUCUCACAUCUUGAGGUGAGGUGGGGUUGUUGGGAAGUGCAUGCAUUAGAAAGAGACUAUAUCACCAGGUGGUUUUUGUAACACAAAAAAAGUAGAAACAUAUCACUAACAACUAAGAUGAGCAAUUCAGAGUAUCAAACAGAGAAAGUGAGGUCAAUGUGGACGGCGUCAUUACAUCACCCAACCAGUAGCAGGGACUGUUACUGACUUGAACCUGCUGCAUUCUCACAUCAGCUCACUCUGACGCCUUGUAGACACUCUAGUCAGGGACUGGCUGGAAAAAGUCCAAAGUCUGGGUAAGAAAGAUGGCUGUCUGCAUUCACACAUGCAGCUAACAGAUACAGUUAAAAAAAUCUUUUCAGGGUUUCUUGCGUGUGUGAAAGGGGCUCAGAUGUCAGUUGAAAAAUAAAAUUACAUGUGCACUACAUUUGCUGUUAAAUCAUCUGUUAAGCAUCUUUAUUUGUUUUGUGAUAGGAGGGGCCGGCGGAAAAAAGACGACAAAACCCCACGGUUACCAAAAAGAAGGUGAAGUCUGUUUAUUUCUAUCCAUUAAAAAGCAAGUGUUAGUCAUUUGUGACUGUUUGUUAAGCAGUAUUUCAAAUAUGUGAGAAACCACUGAGAUGUGUGUCCUUUUUUGUAGUUUUUAAUGCUUUUAGCAUAAAAUGGCAUGUGCAUCACCUACACAGGAAGAAGCCCCCAGUGCAGUAUGUCCGCUGUGAGAUGGAGGGAUGUGGGACGGUCUUGGCUCAUCCUCGCUACUUACAGGUUUGUUUCAGCAACGACAAGAUGAUUAAGAGGAAUAUUAAUAUCUAAUAUAAAUAUUAUUUCAGUGACCAAACUAUAAAAUUCUACUCUGCUUAAUUUUUAAAUCUUUGUUCCAACUGGGUUUCGACACCCAAUUGACAGUUCCAGAGUGGAGCUGAAGAAUGGGUUCUCCAUAUAUUUGUAGAAAGAAUCAACAGCUAAUUGCUUGAUCGUUCAAAGGUCCAAGUUUAUUUCCUAAUGAAGUGUUCUGUCGAUAUCAGUAGCUGAAAGGCUUCUGCAAAGACAUAAUCAUGACUGCAUUACACGUGGGAAUUAUAAGAUUUCUGAACCGAGACCUUUUCUUUCAGCAACAGCUGUCAGUAUGUAAGCUGUCAUGUGUAACUGAUACUGAUAGACCGUGUUGCAUCUUUUUUGUCUAACACACCAGCACCAUAUCAAGUACCAGCACUUACUGAAGAAGAAAUACGUUUGUCCUCACCCGUCAUGUGGAAGGCUUUUUAGACUACAGAAGCAGCUUCUGCGACACGCGAAGCACCACACAGGUAAAAAAUGCAAAAUGUUUAAUCUCUAUGCAACCACUUAGUGGUAGGAUGAAUCUAUAUGUGACUGUAAUGUGAUUACAGACCAGAGGGACUACAUUUGUGAGUUUUGUGCUCGAGCCUUCAAGAGCUCCCACAACCUGGCAGUGCACCGCAUGAUCCACACAGGGGAGAAACCCCUCCAGUAAGAGCUUUACUGUACACAUGCUCUCCUCUUUUGAUCAUUUUUUCUUCCUCUUAACAUUUCUUUGGCUAAUUCGACGUAUUUCUUUUAAAUUUUUCCCACGUAGGUGUGAGAUCUGUGGCUUCACGUGUCGUCAGAAGGCGUCCUUAAACUGGCACAUGAAGAAGCACGAUGCUGAUGCCAGUUAUCAGUUCUCCUGCUCCAUUUGUGGAAAGAAGUUUGAAAAGAAGGACUGUGUGGUGGCUCACAAGGCCAAGAGUCACCCGGAGGUGUUGAUUGCAGAGGCACUUGCAGCCAAUGCCGGUGCUCUUAUCACAACCCCUGCCUCCCUGCUGGAGCUGCCAGGAAACCCCAUACAGGCAGAGGUCACCAGCCUGGAUGUGAGCCAUGUAGGGCAGGAUGGACAAGCAGAACAGCUGAGCCAGGAAGGACAAGUCGGGCAGCAAGUGGCUCAGGUGUCUCAAAUGGGUCAUAUGGCACAACAAGUGAGUCACCAGGUGGUUUUACUGGGACAAGACCAGAGCCUCCAUACGAUGCAGGUGCCUGUAACGAUAGCCCUGUCCCCUAUUGACCCCCCUUCACCAGCUGACAACCAGCAGCAGACACACCUCCAGCUCCAGAUGCCUGUCCAAUUUGUGCAGGCAGCUCAGCAGCCUCAGCAGCAAAUUCAACAGCUGACCCUCCAUUCCAGCUCGGUGGUGACCCAGCACCAGCCACAGCUGCAGCCUCUCCAGUCCUACUCCUCCCAGCAGCAGAGCCACGGGCAGACACAAAUCCUUCAAAUGACUUUCCAGCCUGUCAGCCAGUCUCAGACCCACAUCCAGCAGAUCCCCAUUCUUGCUACUUCUCAGCAGCUUCAGACGCUGCAUACAGCCACCCCCAACCCUUCUCUGCUGUCCCCAUCCCAUCCUCAGUCACAAGAUCCAACCUCCACCAAUGGAGACAGCUUCUGUUUGGACAACCCAGUGCUGUCAUCCCCCUCUCAGACAAUUGGUUCCCUCCAACAGGCAGAGACUCAUGGGGAGGAUGGGGUGGUUUGGGAUCAGGCAGGACAUGGGGAAGUUCUGUCAGAAAGCACUGAGAGACACAUACAGCAGGCGCUUAUGUAA